UACCUACUCUUUGACGUGAUCGAUUCGAUUGACGAUUCCGAAAUCCACUUUUUUUCUGUGAUAUUUGGCGAUUUAUUUGCCCAUCCCAUUACCGGUAACAUCGUAUCGAGUAAACUUGAAAAUGGUGUUAAUAACCAAUAGAGUUUGGCUGAGUGGCAGUGAAGUGCAUGCAUAAUGCGCUAGAGGCGGAGCGCGGCGCCAUGGCGGCGGACACGGCGCUGGCCGCGACGCCCGAGGACGCGCUGGCCGCGCUGCUGCGCGAGGCGGAGGCGCUCAAGCAGAAGCUGGAGGAGGAGCGCCAGAAGCUCAACGACGUGACGCUGUCCAGCGUGGCGGAGCGGCUGGAGCAGAUAUCCUUCCCCACGCUCAAGAUGCGCCGAGUGCUCAAGGGCCACCAGGCCAAGGUGCUCUGCUGCGACUGGUCUCCCGAUAAACGUCACAUUGUGUCUUCUUCACAGGACGGCAAGGUGCUGGUGUGGGACGCGUUCGCGGCCACCAAGGAGCAGAGCAUCGCCACGCCCAGCACGUGGGUGCUGGCGUGCGCGUACGCGCCGUCGGGCGCGCUGGUUGCGGCGGGCGGGCUGGACAACAAGGUGACGGUGUUCGCGCUGGGCGACGACGAGGCGGCGGCGCGCAAGCGCACCGUGGGCACGCACGCGGGCUACGUGGCCGCCGUGCUGUUCCCCAACACGGACCGCCAGGUGCUGACGGCGUCGGGCGACGGCACGUGCGCGCUGUGGGACGUGGAGUCGGGGCAGCUGCUGCAGAGCUUCCAGGCGCACGCGGCCGACGUGCUGGCGCUGGACCUGGCGCCCACCGACCUGGGCGACACCUUCGUGUCGGGCGGCGGCGACCGCCAGGUGCUGGUGUGGGACAUGCGCUCCGGCCACGCCGUGCAGGCCUUCGACGCGCACCGCAGCGACGUGACGGCCGUGCGCUUCCACCCGGCCGGCGACGCGCUGGCCACGGGCUGCGACGACUCGGCGUGCCGCCUGUUCGACCUGCGCGCCGACCGCGAGGUGGCGCGCUACGGCAAGGACAGCGUCAUCUUCGGCGUCAACUCGGUGGAGUGGUCGCUGAGCGGCCGCCUGCUGUUCGCGGCCUACAGCGACCACACGGCCUGCGCCUGGGACGCGCUGCGCGCCGCGCGCGUGGGCGUGCUGUGCGGCCACGAGCACCGCGUGGCGCACGUCACGCUGGCGCCCGACGGCACGGCGCUGGCCACGGCCUCCUGGGACAGCACGGUGCGCGUGUGGGCCUGAGCGGCCACGCGGCGCGCCGUGGCCAAUGCCGUAUGCCAAGCUCCAACAGAAAUGCCCCAACCUUUUACAUAGUCCAUCUCUAGCUCAUCAAUACUAACCUCUUCAAAACAUUUACAUUCUUUCCAGACCUGAUAAAAAAUGUUUUGACUAGAAACAAAGGGUUGACUGUUUAAAGUUAUUUUAAUUAGAUCUAAUAUAAAUUAUCCAUUCCUGUGGUUUCUAAAGUUAUGUAUGUUGCGGUUGUGUCAGCCAUCGUAGACAAUAACACAUCAUCUUGCAGUAAGUUGUUGCAGGACGAUUAAUUUUUGUAUUUAGUGAGACAUUUAGCUCUUGUAAGGUGGACUUCAUAGAAUUUUCACUUCAGUAGUAACCUAAGCUUUGGAUAUUUAGAGUGAAGGUCCGCUUCCUUGCAACUGCACGUUUGGAGGUUUGGCAUCGACAUACUGUCCCUGUUGAGUCGUGGAUGAAUCUCUUUGUAGAUAUGUGUUGUGUUAGCAAUAAAAUAAAGUGAUAAGUACUUAUUA